AUGACCAUGUAUCCCCUAGGAUUUCUGCCACUCUUCUGCACCUUUCUACCAUACUCGGUCGCCGUCAAUGCCGCUUUGCUUGUGCCCGUCAUCGUCCUCGCUGUUUGGUCCUACGCAGUCUUCGCCCCCCGCCCAUCCUCCGCAAAGGAUGCAGACGACGUCUAUCCUGUGCAUCUACCCGGGUCUUCGCUUGCCCAUAUCCUUCCAUUUUUCCAGCGACGCUUCGAUUUCAUAAAUCAGGGCUUCGAGCUCGCCGGCCAGGCCAUCUACCAGUUCUCUCUGCUGCGAAAAUCCGUCAUCGUCCUGUCAGGCGAGGCCGCGCGCCGGGACUUCUUCCAAGCAAAGGACCUCGAUCUCGGAGCCGGCUUUAGGUUUCUCUCCGGCGCCGUACGUAGCCGCAACACGUUUUGUUGCCGAACACCUUCCUCGAGUUCUCGCGACCGUAGCCAACUGACGCUGACCGUCCCUUCUCUCCAGAUACCGAUGCUACCGGGCGUCACCACCGACCUGGGCCCCGGCCGCGUCGCCCUCAUCUACAAGCGUCUCGCGACCACACAGACCAGCGAAAGCCUCUCGCGGCUCAUCCCGCAGAUUUUGGAGGAUUCACGGCGCACAAUCAACGCAUGGGGUAACUCCGGCAUUCUGGACCCCUUUGACCGCGUUCCCGAGCUUAUCUUCCAAACGAGUGUGCGCUCGUUAGCGUUCUCGGAACUCGCGGAGGACCCCGCUACCGUCAAGCGCUUACGGGAGCUGUACGACACCUUGGACACAGCCACAACUCCUGCAACCGUCCUCUUCCCAUGGCUUCCCAGCCCGACCGCAGUACGCAAACUACUUGCGACAAAGCGCAUCUAUGACAUAAUCGGGAAGACUUUGGACGAUCGCAUGAAGAAUGGCAUCGCGCGCGACGAUACGCCGCAGAUGCUAAUCGAUGCGGGGGACGAAAGGAUGAUCAUUAUCGGAUUCGUGAUGGGCCUGCUCGUGGCUGGCGCACGGUCGACUGGUACUACCGCUUCCUGGCUCAUCACAUUCCUCAGCGGACACCCUGAAUGGAGGGAAAAGGCUGCCGAUGAGGUGCGACGGCUCAUAAUGAACCAUGCAGCUCAGCUGCGCUGUUCUUCCGAGCCUCGCACGACAUUCGCGGGAAGCACCGAGGAUGCGUCGUGCUCUGCGCAAGACCAACCUGAGCGUCAAAGUCAUCAGCCUCCAUCAUCUGCACCCGCGGAACCGUCUCCUGCUUCCCCGCCUCUCUCCUCCCUGACCGCUUCCCUGGCGAGCAUUCCUCUGUCAGCAUGGGAGAAUGACACACCAGUGCUCGACUCGCUGAUUCGUGAGACGUUACGUGUGGCAGAGCCGCACGUCGCGAUGCGCCAGUACCUCCCGCUCUCGCACUCAAGCGAAAAGGAGGUAAGGGCGCCGCACGCAUACGGGAAGACUUUAUACCUCGGCGGUAGGGCGAUACCACCAGGAGCGUACGUCAUGUACCCGUUCAGCGACGUGCACCUCAGCUCGGACGUCUACCAAAACCCGUGGAGAUGGGAUCCAGGCCGUGCGGAGAUGGGCUUGAAGGCGCCGUAUUCAUACGUCGGGAUGGGCGCAGGGACGACUAUAUGUCAAGGCAAGCGCCUCGCGACGCUCGAGCUGAAGCUCGUCACGGCGCAGGUCGUGCUCGGUUUCGGGGAGCUUCGCGCGGUCGAUGCGCGGGGGUUGCCGCUUCCGGAGUUACCGCGGCCGAACUGGAACGACGUCUUGACGUGCAAGCCGCCGCCGGGCUCAUGCUACGUGCGCUUCGAACGGACAGUGGAGGUUGAUGCCUUGUAGGCGUUCUCCUUUUUCAUGACGUGUCUCCCGUCUCUUGCCUCUUCUCUAUAUGGAUUGUAUCAGUAACGUCACCCAUGUUGUAUAUCGCGGGAUACGUACUUUAGUAUGUCGUUUAGAUGAUGAGAUGCUCGGGCAGGGAUUUAUGACCUU